GCGAUACCGGCGAAGAGGACGACGAGUUGUACUUUUUCACCAAAGUGGGCUCGGAUCAAGACGUGAAUUCCGAUCUUCCCUCUACAGCCCCCGCACCGCCUCCGCACCACAGCGUCCAUCACCAGCCUGGCAACGCUUGGGAAACCUCGCUCGACGGGGGCUCUUUUGAUCCAUGGGAAAAUGCCAGUGGUCGAUUCGAUUCGGGCCCUUCUGAAGCGCAUGAUGAUGAUGCCGUAGCCGGCGCUCAAUCGGCACCUGAAAAGCUACCGCCAACUAAACGACACACGGCUAUGGAGAAGCUUGUGUUCAACCAGGCCGUGUCCAACGGCGACAUUCAGCGUGUUGCAAAACUCGUGAAUGGCGAUCGCACGCUCUUGUGGGAGUACUUGGAUUCCAGCGGCCAAACCUGUUUUAUUCGUGCCAUUCUCAUGGCUCAGCGAGAGAUGCUUCAGGCCCUGUUGGAGAUGGCGGCUGAGUAUGCCGAACUUUGCCUCAGCCGUGAGGACGUGACAGGCAAGAAUGCCAUGCAUUGGGCCAUCUGCGUGAGCGAUGAGGAGGUUGUUGAGUUGCUUGCCAAUGUGAGCCCUCACCUUUUGGUGUCCAAGACGAGCACCAACGGCGACACGGUCCUUCAUCUGCUAGGCCGCGAAGACAACAUUGAGAUGUUGCGCUUUACGAGCAAAUUGCGUUCUGGUUUGGUGGAGAUGCGAAUUAUGGAUAUUAACGACAGCAACAAAACGCCACAUGAGGUUGCUCAAGAUGCGGGUGCUGUCGAUACGCCCGCAGCCUUGCUUGAGCUGUUUCGGAAAACCAUUCGGCCCAAGGAGACGAGUCUGGAUGCGCGCAAGCGAAUGCAGCGCACGCUGGCACAACGGCUGUAUCGUGUGCGGUUCAACAAGAAAACAACGGGCCCCGGGGCUACAUCUCCGGAUAGCGUGAACGGGGUGUCACCUGACUUGAAGCUGGAUCGGCUUGGUGUGGCGUCGUCGUCCUCCUGGGCUCCUGCGCCGGGCACGCUAGGGUUGGAUUCUGCUCAACAGUAUGUGAGUGGCAAGCAAGCUCAGUACGACUUUUGUGAUCCGUUCCUCAGCAAUCCGAUGGAACCCGAACACUUAGUGCUGGAUGAGCAUCUUCUUGAUUCGGCCACCAUGGCGUUUGAGCCAUCCUCCAGCCUGAGGGCUGGGGUGUUGUUUUCGGAUGAGCAACUGACCGCGGCUUCUCACGCCUAAGGCGGUCGUGCGCGUUGUCGUUUUGUGUGGGCCAUCAGGGGCUUGCCUUGUAGUUGUGUGUGUGUGUGUGUGUGUGUGUUUUGCUGUUCUCUUUUGUGACGCAGCUUGUUUUCUUAGGACAGGGGCAGGCUUUUGCAGCGCGCUCCUACUUGCAUAUGCAUCGUGUCUCC